AUGCCCGCCGCCCGCACCACCACCAGCACCAAGAAGGCCAAGCCAACCCCGUACGCUCGUGAGGCCACCUCUUCUGGCACCGCUUCGACGUCAACGUCGUCGUCGGCGUCGGCGUCCGCACCAUCGGAGAGCGACUACGCCCCCUCGACCACCAAGUCGGAGACCAAGCCCAAGACCACCAAGCGCGCGCCCCGCGCCUACACCCCCGCCGAAGAGGCCAUCUUCAAGGCCCUCGCCCUCGAGACGCUCCACGAACACCUCUGGGCCAAGGUCAAGGCGGACGGCCGGCUCGCGGGGCGCGGGUCGACGGGGAUCAAGGCGCAUAUCAAAGCCGUGUCCAAGCCCAAGUCCAAGCGCACCCCCUGGACCGCGGAGGAAGAGCGCAUCUUCGACGAGAUCGCCACCGCCCUGCUCAAGAAGGGCAUGUGGGCCGCCGUCGUCGCCGACGGCCGCCUCAAGCACCGCGGCGCGAACGGCAUUGCGAGCCACGUCGUCGCUAAGUUCAAGUAG